AUGUCUUCUUGGCGGAAAGUACUAACUCGAUAUCAUGUUUACGGGUUAGAUAGUAAUCUAAAAACAAAACGCCUCCCUCUUCAUUGUCUAUAUCCUCGCGCUCUUCAAAGAACCUUCGGUUCAACUCAUGUAUUUUCACAAGAAUGGCAGGAAGAUGAGUUACACAAAGGAUAUCGCUACACCCAAGUUCCUAGUCGAGGUUUGAUAGAAGUGAUAGGAGAAGAUUCAGUAAAAUUUCUGCAAGGAUUGAUAACAAAUCACAUGCCAAGAAUCAGUUCCGGAGGGGAAGGAUUCUAUGCCGCGUUUUUGAACCCAGUCGGGCGGGUGCUGUAUGAUACUUUUAUCUAUCCUAAAAAUCUCGGCGACGCAUUCCCGCAUCCAAACUUUCUGGUAGAAUGUGAUUCAAGAAUUCUAAAGGAUCUCGCCAAGCAUAUGGAAAAGUACCUUCUUCGAUCCAAGGUUUCCAUCGUUGAUGCAUCUACUAAAUAUCGCAUUUGGAACCUGUGGGGUAGCAAUAUAAGUAAUUUGUGGUGGCAGCACCAGAUUCCCAAUAAAACAGCCAUUAAAUUACCCGCGGGUUCGUUGAUUCUGAAAGAAAGCAUUAGCGACAUUGGUUGUAGGGAUUCGAGAUGUCCUUAUAUGGGAUUGAGAUUGGUGCUGCCGUUCGACAAGUCACCCUCAGUACCGGCCUCGUUCUCGGAGUUGCCAUCAGAAGAAUAUGUGACACGUCGCAUUUUUCAUGGAGUUCCUGAGGGAAUUGAUGACUUUGAACCGGGAACAUCGUUACCAUUACAAUCAAAUUUUGAUUAUAUGGGAGGAACUAAUGGUAUUUUCAUUGUCGAUGAAAAAGUUGAUUGGAGGAAGGGUUGUUACAUCGGACAAGAACUCACUUUUAGGACAUAUUAUAUUGGGGUAACCAGAAAGCGCAUAGUUCCGGUGCAACUAUAUCGGGAUGAUCAAGAACUCCCAACCCAAUUAAAAGUAGAUCGUAAAACGACUAUCAAGUUGCCGCCCCCAUCAUCAGGCAUAUAUACAUCGAUAGAAAACUUAAGUAAGCAAGGACGCCCAGUAGGAAAUAUAGGUUCCGCACAAUAUAAUAUUGCUUUAGCAUUGAUAACUUUGGAUAAAGUGCAAGAAAAUGAUUUAUUUGUGGCAAAUGGAAGGGGUGAUGUGUACAGGGUAAAACCCUUUAUACCUGAUUGGUGGCCAAAGGUUAACGAUAAAGGGGGUUAA